AUGAAGCUGCAUUCAUCCGCAAUGGAGGUGCCUCACUACCUAAGGGGUCUGCGACCUCGAUCGACUUAUGUCUGCAAUGCCUGUCGGCUGUUCAGCUCUUCUCCUAUCUCCUCUUCAGGCCAUAGCAAAUGGUCAACCAUUAAGCAUGACAAAGCCAGGAAUGACAGGGCAAAGAGUAAGGAACGGCAGAUGGUGAGCAAGGAAAUCAGCAACGCUACACAAUUAUGGGGUGCCGAUCCCAAAUUCAACCCGAGAUUAACCCUCGCCCUAUCGAAUGCGAAACGCGCCUCAAUACCUAAGAUCGUGAUAGAAUCGGCGAUUGCUCGAGGCCAGGGACUCAGUGUUACGGGGCAGGCGUUGGAAGCUGUUACGAUUGAGGCAAUGUUUCCGGGAUCUGUCGCAGUAGUCGUGGAGUGUCGUGUCACUAUGGAAUAUCGCGAAGGAGUCAAUGCCGAUCAAUACUUGGAUGAAGCCAUCGAGGCGGGCGCAAUCGACAUCGUUAUGGACAAGAAGAACAGAUUGACCUUGUUUACAGACCCGGCUGAUACGAAACGGGUCGGUGAGACAUUUUCCAAACUAUCGGGCCUUGCGAUCGAAGAGCGUGAAAUAUUCUGGGAUCCUAAUAAGGAUACGCUGGUUGAAGUACAGGACGAGGAGCACGUUAAGACACUUGAAGAUGUCCUGUGUGCAUUACGAGAAAAUCCUACUGUUCAGGAGAUCUACUUGAACACUACCGAAAGCUUCUAA